AUGGCAUUCGCUAAUCAAUCAGACCGAGCUCAUAUUUUAGAGUUCAGAUGCUCCAACGCAAGUCCAGCUCCCCCUGAAGUGUGGAUCGUGCCAGCAUUCACGGUGGCCGCCAGGGUUCGAGUGAUCGUCACCUUCUGCUUCUUCACCGUAUCCAUGUUCAGCAACACGGCCAUCCUGCUCAGCAUCAUGAGGAGAAAGAGGAAAUCCCACAUCAGGAUUCUGAUCCUGAGCCUCGCUGCUGCAGACCUAAUGGUGACUGUCUUAGUGAUGCCUUUGGAUGCCGUCUGGAAUAUAACCGUCCAGUGGUACGCAGGGAACGUGGCCUGCAAAGCACUAAACUUCCUGAAGUUAUUCGCCAUGUACGCAUCCGCUCUCGUCCUGGUAGUGAUCAGUAUGGAUCGCCACUCGGCCAUCUUGAACCCGUUCAGCUUUAUCAGUGCCAGUCACCGGAACAAGUUAAUGCUCUCCAUGGCAUGGAUUGCAAGUGCACUAUUGGCAUCUCCUCAGCUCUUCAUUUUCCAGGUGAGGCAUGCCCACGGUGUGAACUUUACCCAGUGUGUGACCUACGGGAGCUUCACUGUGCACUGGCAUGAAACCUUCUAUAACAUGUUCACUUUCAUCACCCUGUAUAUCACACCCCUCACUGUCAUGAUCAUCUGCUACACCCGAAUUCUGUGGGAGAUAAGCAAGCAGACGAAGGGGAACAGAGCAUCAACACCAACGGUGCAAAAUGACAACAUGUUAAAGGCACGAAUGAAAACCCUUAAAAUGACCAUUGUCAUAGUUGUAUCUUUCAUCAUCUGCUGGACACCGUAUUACCUGCUUGGGCUGUGGUACUGGUUCAAGCCAGACAUAUUGAAGAAGGUGCCAGAGUACGUCAAUCAUUUCUUGUUUUUGUUCGGCCUGCUGCAUACCUGCUCAGACCCAAUGAUAUAUGGGUUCUACACGCCUUCCUUCAGGAAGGACAUGGUGUUCUGUUGGAGAUGGAUACGAAGUGGGUUUUCCAGGCACAAAGCAAGACCCAUUGGAAAGCCACUCACCGUCAAGGCUUCACCGGUUGGUACAAAUGAUAAGGUCCUUGAUCACAUUAAGAUGGACUCCAUUGUCCCUCAUUCUGCCUCUUGA